GGCAACAACCGUGGCGCACUCCACGCCCCUUACGUCACUAGGAUGCACGUAGAGAGAGAGGCUUACAUAUUGUAGGCUAGUUGAGAAGAGUGAGCUGUCUGGUUUGCUGUGUGGUUCAAACUCAAACCAAAGAUAUAGCUAACCCGGCUCUGCUCAAACUCAGCCAGUCAGAAACAUGUCGGUGGUUGGUGGCGCCUUCAGUCGAAAUGUUUUGGUUAUUAGGAAUUCUGGCUUGAUGGUGAUGGUACGGCAUGCUCAGAUUGCCGCUGCCCCGGCUCCUGAACCCAGGAUCAAGAAGUUCCAGAUUUACCGUUGGGACCCAGAUUGCGCUGGGGAUAAACCACGAAUGCAGACAUAUGAAAUCAAUCUCAACACCUGUGGUCCAAUGGUACUGGAUGCCUUACUUAAGAUUAAGAAUGAGAUUGACCCCACUCUCACAUUCAGACGCUCCUGCCGUGAGGGUAUCUGCGGCUCAUGUGCUAUGAACAUUAAUGGAGGCAACACACUGGCGUGCCUAAACAAAAUUGACAGCAACACAAGCAAAGCAACCAAGAUCUACCCGCUCCCGCACAUGUAUGUGGUGAAAGAUCUGGUGCCUGAUAUGAGCAACUUCUAUGCACAGUACAAAUCCAUAGAGCCCUACCUGAAAAAGAAGGAUGACACUCAAGAAGGGAAGGAGCAGUAUUUCCAGUCGGUGGAGGACAGGCAAAAACUGGAUGGCCUGUAUGAGUGCAUCCUGUGUGCUUGCUGCAGCACCAGCUGUCCCAGCUACUGGUGGAAUGGAGACAAAUACUUGGGACCUGCUGUUCUAAUGCAGGCUUACCGGUGGAUGAUCGACUCCCGUGAUGAAUUCACCGAGGAACGUUUGUCUAAACUUCAGGACCCCUUCUCUCUCUACCGCUGCCACACUAUCAUGAACUGCACUAAGACCUGUCCCAAGGGACUCAACCCAGGAAAGGCCAUCGCAGAGAUCAAGAAAAUGAUGGCGACUUACAAAGAGAAGAAAGCAGCAGCUUCGUGAACAUAUGAAUAUCCAGCUGGCUCAAGAUCCACUAAUAAUACCUUAAACCACGUAAAGAGGCAGAGAAGAGCCAACAAGAAACACAUCCAUACAUCAGCACAUUUUUGUGGUUUCAAUGAGUGUGUAAGUGCGAUUUAAUAAGGAGGAGAAAGGCAGGAGAUUGUGAGAAAAGGGUGCUGGAAAGAACUAAGCAAAAUACUUUUAGUGAUGCAAUAUUGCACCACAUUUCUGCCAUUUGUCUGCAGCGUGAAAAUACUAGGCUCUGUUGAAUUUAUCGUUGGUAGAAGCUUAUUCCGACUGUACAUAUAUUAAAUGUGUGUUCAUUAAAAGAUGUGCUGGGCUCAUUUU